ACGUGGGAACGUGUGAAUCGGCCCUGCUGGCGGCGGCAGCGAGACGGACGGGUCGGCCGAAAGCACAGGAUGGCAGCGUCUUCAAGCUGCCUAUGGUUGGUUGUUUUAGCGCUACUAGCGCUGUGCUCGUGCACUGCCAACAUCGGUCACCGCAAGUUUGAGUACAAGUACAGCUUCAAGGGACCCUACCUAGCGCAGAAGGAUGGCAGCGUGCCUUUUUGGGACUACAGCGGCAGUUGCAUCGCCAGUGAAGAAAUGGUGCGAAUUACGCCGUCCCUCAAAAGCAAGAAAGGAGCCAUCUGGAACAAGAACCCAGUGACCUUCCCAUGGUGGGAGGUGGAACUAGUGUUCAGGGUCACUGGACAGGGUCGCUUGGGCGCUGAUGGGCUGGCUUUCUGGUACACGAAUCAGAGGCAAGCCGAGGGUCCAGUCUUCGGCAGCAGUGACAAGUGGAUCGGUCUGGCCCUUUUCUUUGACUCCUUCGACAAUGAUGGAAAGCACAACAAUCCUUACAUCAUGGGCAUGGUCAACGAUGGCACCAAGACUUACGAACAUGAAAGUGACGGUAUCAACCAACAGCUAGGUGGAUGCCAGCGUGACUUCCGCAACAAGCCUUUCCCCGUGCGUGCCAAGAUUGAGUACUACCAGAAUGUCCUCACGGUAUUGUUCCACAACGGCAACACCAAUAAUGACGGUGACUACGAAAUGUGCUUCCGGGCCGAGAAUGUGUUCCUGCCUCAGAACGGUUACUUUGGUGUGUCUGCAGCUACGGGUGGUCUGGCAGAUGACCAUGAUGCCCUGAAGUUCCUGACAACAAGCCUGCUCCCCGAGGGCCAGCAGCCCGUGGCCACGCAGACCAUUGCCGAAUCGGAAAAAGAGAAGUUUUCGCGCGAGUACGAGCAGUACAAGGACAAGCUUGAGCGCCAGAAGGAGGAGUACCGCAAGCAGCAUCCCGAGGAAGCUGCCAAGCACGACAUGGAGCAUGGCGCCGGUGCGGAACAACCUUACGACUCGCCACAGCAGCGUGAACUGCGCCAGAUCUUCGAGGGUCAGGCACACAUGUUCGAGGGCCUCAAGGCGAUGCACCGCAAAUUGGACGAGAUGCUUGGCCGCCAGGAGCGCACCCUGUCCCUGGUGUCGGGCAUCCAGCAGAGUGGAGCAGCUGGUGCAGUGCAGCCUCAGCAGCCUGGUGGUGCUCCUCCUGUGCACGUGCAAAGUGUGAUGCAGAGGCACGAGGUGGAUUCCCUGCUAAACAGCCAACGGGAGCUCCUUCUCUCUGUGCAACAGAUCAAGACCCUGGCGGCAGAAGUGCAACAGAAGACCGGCACACUGCUCAGCGUGCAGCAGCAGGGCGGAGGAGGAGGUGGUGCAGCACAAGCUGCCUUGUCGACGGAGCACGUGCAGCUCUUGCACCAGGUGCAGGAGAAGCUGGCUGCCUUCAGGGCCGACUCGUUUGCCCAACAGAAGCUGCCCGUGACUGGCUGUGCUACGACUUGCCUGAGCCCGACCUACUUCCUGAUUUUCUCAACUUUGCAACUGUGCGUCACCUUGGGAUACCUCAUGUACAAGAGCAGCAAGGAGGCGGCGGCCAAGAAGUUCUACUGAGGCGGGGGCUGUCUGACCUCGUGGCUCUGUGCAUGUGCGGCAAUCAAGCCGUGGGGACCCAAUGGGCACGGUGUGUGUGCCAACAUGCGCGCUCAGUGCAACCUAGCUGAUCCCCCAGCACGACUCUCACCACCCAUGCAUCUCAUCAACACGUCUCACAGCAGCGGCAGCAGCUUCACAGCUUCUUUCUCAUCGAACAUUCCAGCCUCACUAUCUCAGACACACCUGGGGGCUAUCACGCUUUGCUCACAGUGGUGUUGCAGUCAUCGGGCAGGGUCUUUAGAGCAUUAAAACUAGUAAUCACCGAACAUUUUCUAUGUCGAGGGCAGCACUAAAGCUGUGUCUGUUAUACAUUUCAUGUCUUUCCUGUUGAAACUUUUUACCCAUUCUUAUUGUGAUCAUAUGUACUCGCCUCCACGGCCUUCUGAGGUGAGCCCUGUGAGUGUAAAGAGAGGCCAGGUAUACAUGCAUGUGUGCCGUUUUCUAUAUUGCAAUGAAAUGUUUUUGUAAGCCUUUUCCAGGAUUGAUCGAGGGCUGCUCUGCCAAGGCCGUGUUUUCGCGAAGGCCUUGCAUCACUGCGCUGGCAGAGUGUAGUCUAAUAUGUGUUAUUAAUUAAAUGAACUUGUUAGCACUAGACACUAGCAACACUUAGCUACUUUUGAAAAAAGAAAAUGCACUAUUAAAUUCUUUUCCUCACACUUGCUCGAUUCGUUUGGCUAACUUAUUCACACUGAAGGCUGCUAUGUGUGAUUGCAUCAUCAGUUGCAAGUGUCAUUGAGCUCAUCUAAAUGUGGAUAUCAUACUGGUACAUUGUUUCUUGCAUGUUCGCUGCACUGGCUUGAAUGUCUGGCAUGAAGAAAUGAUGCGAGACGGAGUGUGUGCGAGUGUUUCAUCUUGGCUUGGCAUUACUUGUCCAGACAUUCCCAGUAUGUUCAGUGCAUGGAUUGUGAAUCGUGAUGCUCUAGAAACUAGAAUUGGUGACUGGCAUUCGUCUGCGGCCGUUCAGUGACAUUUAGUGUGGGAGCGUAAAUGUGCAAUUUAUUGCCUGGCAUUAUGUGACACAAGUGAAGAUUGUGUACAUACAGAGGUUGUCCCGUGGCUGCACUUUUUUCUUACUUGUUUAUAGAAAUUGUACAAUAACGUUUGUUUUGGUGCCGAACAGAAAUAAAUUUUGUUUGAUCUGGAGAAA